UUAUCUGUAACACCUGCUGCUGUUUUUGUGCUGUUAUGGAAACAAACUGACAGCUGAUGCAGAUUACGGGAUACAUAUAGGUUUUUGUUUGUUUUUUUCCUCCCCAAGUAAUAACUGAAAACAGUAACAAACAAAUAAAACGCAUUAACUUGGGGAGUUACAAAAAUGAAUUCCGAACGCUUUACAUUGCCUGUGGAUGAAUAUUUGGCUCUAGAACAUGUACCCUUCUACAUUGAAGAUGCACUGAGCCAGCUGUUGGAGCACAAAGAAGAGUACACCCAAUUUGGCAUUGUAAGAUUUUUUGCAGAUUAUUUUAAUAGUGUGCGAAAUGGAAGUCACAUCCUAUUUCGAGAAUUCAACUUUGUCAAAGCCACUCCACACAACCGAUCCUCCUUCCUGCGCACAUUCUGGAGAUGUUUCAGACAGAUUGGAAAGAAUGGAGAUCUUCUAACAGCGAUGGAGUACAGGUCUCUUCUUCAGCUUCUCUGUCCUGAUUUUCCUGUGGAACUUGUGCAAAAGGCAGCAAGGAUUGUGCUGAUGGAUGAUGCUACGGACUGUCUGAUGUCAUUUUCUGAUUUUCUCUAUGCAUUCCAGAUUCAAUUUUACUAUGAGGAGUUUUUGGAAAGCAUUGCUGUGAUUUAUCAGGACCUGCUUUCUGGAAAAAGCCCCAACACUGUGAUAGUCCCGACUUCGUUCUCAGUAGAACAGGACGCCCGUCCGACCAACAGUGAUACUGAGGCUCAGGAGGGGGUGGACUCUCCUCUGUUCUGUGGUUGCAUUGAAGCACUGUGUGAGAGAUACAAAUACAGUCACCCCCCACUGUCAUCCAUUAAAGAGAUUCUGUGCCAAGUACAGCGUGUAUCCUUCUACGGAUUCUUGAUGGCACUUGCAAAGCACGAGGGGAUCAACAGUGAAAUUGGUUCCCUGCCAAGCAAGGCAGACCUGCUCAUAGAUCCUGAAAUGGACAGAGAGCUGGAGAAACUAAUUGCACAGAUUUCGGUGAGCCCUACCUCCAACAGCAGCAGCAGUACAGUGGGACACAAGGAGCCGGUCCGAAAAGCCUCUCCGCGGAAAUCUCUCCAUCACCGCAGGAGAAUCGACAUUGAAAGUGACGGCUCCAACGAAGAGACAGACUCUUCAGAGAACUAGAAGCUUGCACCUCCAUCAGCAAAGGGCACCUUUCAGAUAUGCAUGCUCGGUGAGCUGGUGGACCAACCCACAGCCUUUCACGUCUGGACACAGGACAAGUGAACGUCAGUAUUUGGUAGCCUUUGAUCAUGAAACUUGUGUAAGUGUCAAGCAAUUCAACACCAACAUAGUCAGCAUGCUAUGUGCAUUCUGUCAGAGACAGAGUUAAGAUAACAAGAGGAUAUGAUCUGAUCCUGGAGAGGAGGCGUAGGAUACUUUUAUACUUGCAUGUUAAGGAAUAAAGAUUACAUUUUAGCUUAGAUCUUUUAGAGACUUGUAAAAACAAAAAUGAGAAAUAACAUGGGCUAAGAUUUAAAAGAUUUUUUCCAGCUGCUUUUUUUCUGCCAGUAUAGAGUAAGAAGCAUGCAUCUCAGGGUAAGAAUGCAUGUAUGAAGACAGCAAAAACUGUGUUCUUACAUACAUACAUUAUUACCCUGAGACUUUUCUGUUGCUGUUUUCCCAAUAUUUAUACAUGGUCGUGCUUUACAAGAGCAUCACAUCCCAUUCAUGUCUGUAAUCUAGAGCAGACGUGACACAAUGCCACAGUGUCGUGUGCGUCUAUGUGGUUAACCUGUUUUCAUUAGUUUCAGACCUAUUUUAGACUGAUUUUUUUUUUUUUUAAUGCACCUCUCGUGACCAGCAUGAAGUAUUACAAAUGAAAUUCACCUUUUAAAUUAUUUUAACUGUUUAAACUAAUUCACUUAAAGAACAAUUAUAAUUCAUUACAAUUGUCUUGAUGUUCAAUAACUAUUUUUAUGGUUCCUCAAAAUGAUAAACUUUGCUUGUAUUGCUUUUAAUUAUGAAGGGUUGAGGGACACAACAUCUGUAUCUCAAUUUUAAGUACUGAAUAUGCAACAUGUUUCGAGACUGGCAGAUGUUAAAUAAUCUAAAAGUACUUAAUCAAAGAUUAAGAAAAUAAAACUA